AUGGUACUGGCGCAUUCAUUGCGCGAUAAUGGAACGACAGCUAAGCUGGUGGCGCUCUUUACACCGAACACACUAAGGUCAGAGACAGUCAAUGAGCUCCGGACAGUCUACGACGAGCUCAUCCCAGUCCAUUCAAUCGUGAAUGGCAAACCCGCAAACUUAUGGCUGAUGGACCGACCCGAUCUGAUUGCGACCUUCACAAAAAUUGAGCUCUGGCGCCUGACACAGUACGAACGGAUCGUCUAUAUCGACUGUGACGUAGUGUCUCUUCGUACACCAGACGAGCUAUUCGCACUGGACGUGAACUUUGCCGCUGCUCCCGAUGUAGGCUGGCCAGAUUGUUUCAAUAGUGGGCUCAUGGUUCUCCGCCCCAAUAUGCAGGACUAUUAUUCUCUGAAGGCGCUGGCUGAGCGGGGCAUUAGCUUUGAUGGAGCCGAUCAAGGCUUGUUGAACAUGCACUUCCGAGAUUGGCAUAGGCUGAGCUUCACGUAUAAUUGCACCCCCAGUGCGAACUAUCAGUACAUCCCUGCAUACAAGCAUUUUCAGAGUACGAUCAGCUUGAUUCACUUCAUUGGUUCGCAAAAGCCAUGGAACAUGCCCAGGCAGGUAGUUCCACUGGACUCGCCAUAUAACCAGCUGUUGAACAAGUGGUGGUCAGUCUAUGAUAGACAUUACCACUCUCCUUUUACUUCGCAACUCUCAAGCUAUCCCCAAACAGCCCAUAUUGCUGACCAGCCGGAACAAACGGAACAAACCCACCACGAACAUUGGCCAGAACCUCAUCACUUCCCUCAUGCGGAGGAUCACAAUGUGCUCGGCCAAGUACCGGAGCCGAUGAAGGCGUAUUAUGAACAGCCGCAUCAUGGUCACCAUGUAGCCAGCCAGGAUCCCAUUACGACCGAGAUACCAGUCUUGAGUGCUGUUCCGCAGUAUGUUCGCGGAGAAGAACAGUAUUCGACUUUCAUACCGCCCGUUCCCUAUGCUCCCGAGCCGGUGAUUCAUGGACACCAUGAAACCCAUGAAGCGGACCCAGAAGCCCAGCAAAUGCAGCAUGAUCAUCAUCAACACCACCAGCAUCAUCCUCAUCCUCAUUCUCAUCAGCAGCAGCACGAUCACCACCACGAUAAUUACCACGAUCAUCACCACGAUCAUCACCACGAUCAUCAUCAUCAACCGCAGCACCACCAGCCAUCUGACCAAGCUGAAUCUCAUAUCCAUCAUCCUCAACCUGUUUCACCUUCGCAUGUGGUGGAGAAUUGGCAACGAGCCCCUUCGCCUGAGCCAGAAGCUCCACAUUUCCAGGCACCAAAGGCAGAAUGGGAUGCCUCCCGUCAUUCAUCUGAAAGCGGUCCGCUUACACAAGACAGAGAACCACCACCGCUCAAUACUAAGCCCGAAGGUAUUAGUCUGGAGCAGAAGACAUACACCAUGUCCGAGGAUACCGCGCUAUUCCAACCACCUCCAUCGUAUCCUGAAGCCCCCAAAAAUAUGUACUACCAAGUUCCCGAAUCGAAACCUGAGCCCGACAGGGUUACAAAGAUUUUCCCUUGGGAGAAUCAUGCGCCCAAGCCGACCAGAGUCUUCACAGAGCUGUCUGCUCCUCGUUCACCACCCCCAGAACCGCUUUUACCUACGCUUCCGCAACAGGCUGACCCGGUAUCCUUUGAACCUACUCAACCUGAAACCACCCAACCCGAACCCCAGCAUUUCCCACCUCAAGCAGUAUUCGAGCCAUCUGCACAGACUUACGAGCAAUACUCCCGUUCCAAUGCCUGGGAUGAAGACCUGGAUAUUCAGCGCUACAUAGACUCUCUUCAACAAGCUCGCCGUGGAAAGCCUCAGGUAUUAUCUGGCUCCGUGGAGGCAGGCUCAAGCCAUAGCAGGAGUACUAGUAUGAGCACAAGCAACUUCUCAACAGCCUCCACAGCCACUACCAUCGGUACGACCGCUGGGCACCGGCCAAGCAUGAAACUGACCGAUUUCCCCACGGAAACCGAACGGCCCAGCCUCCCCGUGACCCCGGCGCCGAUCCAUCGAGUGCGGGGUCUGGAGGGCGACGAUGAUACAUCCACCCUCCCUACCGCAGAGGGGGUUCCGAACCAGGAGGAAUGGGUGGGUGUCACGGUUGAUGCGUUCUCUCAACUCCUCCGGGCCACAUACUUAUUAUGGCGAUCUACAGAAUCCCCUGAUCCAGCUCGAAGAGCUCCGCCGUCGACAGUCCGCAGCUUGGGAGGAUCCGGAGCUCUUAAGUAG